CACCAGGACCGUUGUCCACACAGCCAUAGUUGUUUGCUUGUGCCUCUCGCGUCGUAUCUCAUUCUUUAUCUGUCGCCAUGAUUCGCAGACCGGCCAUGAAGCUCACUUGCCUCCGCUCCUUCCUGGAAAGAGUAUAAUGAAGAAAUCUGGGCGCACCAUUCCUAACACUGUAGAGUACAAACCACCCAAGCGCAAGAAGUCCACGGACGGCCCUGUUCAAUACUCCGAUCGGUGGGUAGAUUGGGAAGAGCAGAAGCGACUGGGAAAGAAGUUUCGCGAGGUUGGCAAAGGAAGCUGGCCCGCGGCAGAUAUCUUGGACGAGCGAUACUCGGGCAAGAAGAGGGAAUAUCUGGUGUCGUGGGAGCCACAUCCGGAAACCAAAGAGAUCUUCAGGCCUACUUGGGUCGCAGCCGAUAGUGUCGGCGACGGACUCAUAGCUUCCUGGAAGGAAAAGAACAAACACAGAGAUACGACUCAAAACGGACACACCAGACGGCAGUCCAAUGGCCAACCUGUGACGGACACAGCAAGAAAGCCAAAACCUACACGCACCAUCCGGGAGUCUUCCAGCGAGCUGCAGUCCCAAACAACAGCUCGCCGAGCAUCAAUAGACGCAUCGUCCUCCAGCAAAGUUACAAACGGUUGGGGUACGUCGAAAAUACCAGGCACUCGAAGACAGUCUCACGACAAUUUGGUCGUGCUGUCCUCAACUCCAAUCGAGAUAGCAGAGACUCAACAAGCGACAUCACAGCCAGCCUCCAUAUCCGUCAGCAUUCCCCGUGCACAAAUCAAUAGAGACGACUACGAGUCACUUCAUAGCUCUCAGAUCCUCUCCGACGGGGGAUUACCACAAUCCUUCUCUCCAGGAUACAGCCAGUCUCUGGCCCUACACCCCUCUUCGCAACCAGCAGCCAGUCCCACUCUUCCGAAACGGAUACAUCCAGUUUUGCCCAACUCCUCCGAGGAAUCCGCCACUCAAGAAGUCAGCCACAUUCCUCCUACCGAAUUCAGUGGUAGCGGUAACACACAGCAGGUACAACCCAUUAACGGAGCCAGCCAGCCACCUCGGUACGCUCACCCAAUCCUUUCAUCACAGCAAUCUCCUCAAACUGCAGCUCUGGCGUCACAGGUCCCCCAGCCUCUUACCAGAGGCAUUGCCAGCUCGACCACUUCUCCUGCCUCAGGCGGAGUCAACGGCCCGGAGUACGUGCCAAGUACAGGACAGCAGUCGAGUCCGCACAGAGAAGUUAGCGGUGAACUGGGAUCUAGUCAGGCCCGGAGAGUCCUCUCUGUCCAGGAAUUGGCCGGUGGUCCUGCUCCUAGGCCCGACGCGUUGCCUCCCACGGCCGGCUUUAAUCCCUCUGAAAACAGCAGUGGCUCGUCGGUCUGGCAGUUCGAGACCCAAGUGCCUGCGGCGCAGCAGUCCGUCAUCUCACCGCAGCCCUCAGAAUUUGGACCCUCGAACGGGAGAAGACAAUUGAGUGAAGGCUUUCGCUCACCGGUCCGGUCGCAGAGUCGCCUUCAAACAUCGGGACUAGGGAUGGCCCAGCCUGACGUUCCCUCGCCCAGUAGGCUUGGCCUGGUGCCGGGUGACGCGGCUCUACCCAUGUCGUCGCUGCCAGACUUGCCUUCAACCGGAGGGAUUGCAGAAAGAGCAAGACCAGUCGGAAACCAAAUGGCUGAUGUAGGUCAGGUUUCUUCAUCGAAUGAGACCGGCCUUCACAUGGAACCCAUGGCCAGUCUACCUGCCGAAGCUCCUGCUCCUGCUACCGAGCCUGUGACUGUUACCAAUGACGCUCCUUCGGUCCAGCCAUAUGAUACUACUUAUUCCAGCGCCCUACACAUUCGGAAGUCGAUCGAGGAGGAGCCACAGGAUUACAAUGAUGAACAAUCCUCCAACGAGUCGAAGUUGAGUUCCAGUCAGCAAUCGGUCGAAAAUGAGAGGGAUAUCGGACAAGUCGAUGGGUUGGUGCAGCCUAGUCAUCCAAUUCUGGGGCCAGACGAGUAUGCCCUUGCUCUGCCUGCAGAAGGGAAAAUCCAGUCGACAUAUCUGGACACCAUCAAUGCGAAACGGAAAGUCAUAUUGAAGUUUAUCAAUAGACACGAAUCGAUCGGCUCAUCCAAUGGCUCGCCGAAUCGAACACACGAACGAAACGAGAUGGUGGAGUUGAUGCAACGACUACACGAUACAACCACCCAUCUUGACCUUGGACUGCCAGGAUUUGGAACCCAAUAUUCGAUUAAAUCCGAACAUCAUGCAGCUUAUGCAAACUAUGCAGGCUCGAAAUUUUCUUUUCUUGGCCACCUCGUCGAUAUGCUCAAAAACGUGUCAUGUUCCAUUAUAGUCAUGGCUCAAGCCGGUCCGAUUCAAGACCUGCUUGAACAAUAUCUGAACUUGAAGCAUAUCAAUGUCAAACGACAUGACCGAGUUGCUGCAUCACAAUCACCCACUCCAGACAGGCCCAGUACAGAAUUCCAGGUCCACCUGGUGAGCACCGGGUCCACCCAUCAAGUGUCAUUCUCGCCAAAGCCUGUCCUGCUGAUGAUUGCCUUUGAUGCCUCUUUCGACUCGCAAGAUCCUCAGGUGGCGCGUAUACGAAGACAUUUCGCACCUCUGCCCCCGAGACUCUUGCCGGUAAUCCAUCUGUUGAUUUCCAACUCUUCGGAGCAUGUGGAUCGUUGUCUGCCAAAGAGCAUGCCAUCUCCGUUGAGGUUGAAGGCUCUGGUUCGUGCAACCUAUCAAGCUGGACCGAACCUGGGAGGCAAACCAACAUACGUGCCGGACCCAUCAGAUGAACCUGAAGGGAGGCCCAUGGACUUUUCGGACCUUCAAAAAGCUCUGCGGAAGAGCCCUGAACGAAAACUCGCCAUGCUUGCGUCGAUCGUGGCGAGGGCUUCUCUGGCGGAAGAUUUUGAUGCCAAAUGGAAUUUGGGGCCGAUGCCGGAGCUUCAGCUGACGGAACUAGAAGAUACAUCUGCCAAGGCCAGCGGAACAGUGACUGUGGCUGAAACGCCCAAGGAACCUGUCCCGCACUCCAGAACACCUGUCUCACGUGCCGAUACCCCUUCUGGAAAGAAGAGGUUGUUGGACGUCGAUGGGGCGCUCCCACCAUUAGGCAAGCGUCAGCGUUUGACACCACUCCGGGACUCUCAAGAGGCAGGCAGCGCUGGGAACGAUGCACCCACUGCUGCACAAUUGCAGGAGCUUGUCAACAAAUUGCAAUCCGAUCUUGUCACUGAGAGAAAUGCCAGGCAAGAGGCUGAGAGGGAGCGCGACCGAGUUCAGGAGCAACUGGAUCAAUGGAAAAAAGACCAUGCAGCUCUACAACGACGUUAUGAGAAGAGAAUGACGAAAUGCCACGAAUUAGAGAGCAUGAACAAGAAACUCACCAAGACAAUCGAGAACAAUAAAGCUAGGUACGAGAGGGUGCUCGAAGACAAUAGUAACCUCAAAAGCAAGGUGGCGGAGCUCAAGCAGGAAUUGACCAGUGUACGGGAAGAGAUCAAGAACGGCGGAGGGGAUGCCGCGGCAUUAGAGGCUGCCCGAGAAGAAGCCCGAACUCUGGUAGCGAAGAACGUACAUUUGGAAAAAUCGCUGGAAAAUACGCGGAAGGAUUUCGAGUUCACCCGCAGCCAAUAUCAGGACGCAUCCAACAAAGCGGCCGAAUUUGCGAACCAGGUCCGAGAGCUGGAAGAAAAGGUUGAAGAGCUGUCAAAGCAGGCUGGCGACGAGAAGCGUCGACUCAAAGAGACCAACUUCGAGGACAGCAUCAAGCGGCACCUGGCCAAGAUUUCGGAACUCGAACUGGAGCGCAAGUCCAAGGAUAUGCUGUUGCGCAAACUGGAGGAGGAGAAUCGAGCCCUGAAGCGCAAUCGUGGUGUUCAGACGCGGGGAUCUAGUGUCCAACCGCCGGGCAGUCCGGGACUUGAUGGUCAUGGAGGUAGAGGCACGCGAAGCCGGCCGAGUAGUCCGGCACCUGGGCUGUUUGUCAGUGGACAUCAUUCGGGGACGUCAAAUCGGGGGAGUCUGCUGAGACAUGAACGAUGAUGAGUGCGAAUCGUGACGUGGGUGGGAUGUGCGUGGCUGCACCGGGGCACUGUGGUCAAGACCAAGUUUUGGUUGGUAUCUCAGGCGUUCUGGUACUUGAGAAAACACGAGUUUGAGCUGGGUGGGAUGGGGACACGAUAGAGUAGAGUUCAGACGUUCUCCACAGACACGCAAUCAAUAGCCGUAUCAUGAUCUCAAACAUGGUCUUGUCUGGUGAAUUGGUGAAUUGGUGAACUUGGUCCACCCUGGUGUGCACUGUCAACGUGAAUGAAUUCCUGACGCCUUCCACUUCAUCUAAGCAAUAGGUAUAUGUCCUGAGUGGUACGGUGGACAUCAGGGUGGACAAUCCAUUUGUGGCCGCAGCCUUGCGUGCUUGACAAAAACAACAGGAUGUGUAUGGUUGAUUGGUUGGUGCAAAAGUACAUGGCGGUUAGUAAGCCUAAGCGGUCAAUACAAGUUACUUAUAUUGGCUUAUGUACCUACAUAGGUAGGCUGGUCGGCAUGCGAGAGGGAAGGAAAGACGGAUGUCGAAACGAAGGCUUUGCUCAGUUGUUGUACAAUGAUUAACUUCUUCACGGGUGAGCGGCUACGGCUACGGCUCCAGUGGGGGGACUGAUUAUUAAAGGACUACGUAGUACGACCUAGAUUUUGGAGAUGUUUAGUGAGCCCUGUUUUCUCUGCUUUAUCGAUCCGAGAUUGGAAGUUUGAAUGAGUGAAUGAAUGAAUGAAUGACUGACUGAAUAGAUGAAAUGGAUGGCACUAACAAUCUGAUCAAUUGACGGAUAAGGGUAUUGGUAAUGGUAUGCAAAAAAAAGGAUUACCACUGUACGCUGUCACGCUCUGCAACGACCGACCGCAAAAGCUGAACUUCGCCAUUCAACAAGGACACAACACAGCACCUGUACUUACAUAGCUAGGCCGCCUGUAUAUCGCUAGGCAUUCGGAGUCGAAGUCGAAGUCGAGCCUGUAGUCAGAUUCUCAAUCUCGUCUUCGACCUGCUUCUUCCACGCCUGGAGACUGGCGACUUGGUCAUCUUUGGCCUUGAGUUCUGCUUGCAGUUUCGCCAUUUCCUCGCCAUUUGCCUUUUCCG